ACCUGCGAACGCAUCAGACCGGCUCGCCUGCUGAGCGCAUGGUUUUACGUCGUGUACGAAAGACGCGCGACGCGUGGUGCACGUGACAUUUAUGUUCUGCGUAAACAAAUUUAGGCACAAUUUGCAUACCAAUCAAUCUCAAAUUACACUAUAAGCAACGAUAAAUAAACACCAUAUUUGUAAAUUAUCUUAAAAAUAUUUAAAAAUAUUUUAAUAUUAAAUAAUUUGUUUAAGACUUUUAUAUAAACUGUUUAUUUGCGAAAUUUUAAUGAAAUGAUUGUUUUACAAGUUAAUUUGACAUUUAAAAUCACUAAAGUAUAAAAAUGGAAUCAUAAUGGAGCUUACAACUGAAUGCAUUAACGAAUCCACGAUGAAGUCGUAACUGUAAACGAUGAGUAUUUGCGAGAUCGUGAGUGGUGACGUGUGCUAUAUAAAAGAACAAGGCGGUAAUGUUACAGCGACGACGUGUAGCGGAUUUAAUGAAGUGCUAAAAUGAGGAUUUGAUCGAUAGCGAAGUGUAAGAAGUGCACGCCCGUAAUGUCCACGAUGGCGUCGACGAUUUUAUUAUUAUCCACUUCGGCGCCAAGGAAACACCUCUCCACCUCGCUCGUGCACUUGCUGAUAUGUCUGUUUAUUGUGCUCUUAACAAGCGAGGAAUCUCUUCAAUUAGAACUGGGACAAUGCAGUCGCCCACUAGGAAUGGAAUCCGGCGCUAUCAAAGAUAUGCAAAUAUCAGCAAGUUCAGCCUACGAUUCGGGCAGUGUAGGUCCACAACAUGGAAGACUUAGAAACGACAAGAACGGCGGCGCCUGGUGUCCUAGACAGAUGGUGUCGCGCGACGCCAAGGAGUACUUGGAGAUCAACAUGGACGAUCUGCACGUCGUCACCGGCGUGCGCACGCAAGGCCGCUUCGGCAACGGGCAAGGUCAGGAAUAUGCCGAGGAGUACAUGAUCGAAUAUUGGCGACCUGGUUUCGUCAAGUGGACACGAUGGAAAAAUCGAGAAAGUAAAGAACUGCUCUCUGGUAACACCAACACGUACACGGUGGUGGAGCAAAAAUUAGAACCGCCCGUUAUCGCCACCAAAAUUCGCCUCCUGCCCUACAGCGAUCACGUGAGGACGGUGUGCAUGCGAGUGGAAUUAGUCGGCUGUAAAUCCACAGAUGGAUUAAUCAGCUAUGCGGGACCGCAAGGACUGAAGCGCGGCCCGGAGAUGGAUUUAUCGGACAGGACGUACGACGGCAAGGAGGAAGGCGGCAUGCUGACGUACGGUCUGGGACAAUUGGUGGACGGGCGAAAGGGCCAGGACAAUUUCAGGCUAGACACGGGUCACGGUAAAGCGUACGAAUGGGUCGGAUGGCGGAACGACACGGCCGGCUGGGCAGGACAUCCCUUGGAAUUAGUUUUCGAAUUCGAUAAAGUACGAAAUUUCAGCGCUGCACACCUACACACCAACAAUCUAUUCACCAAAGAUGUGCAGGUAUUUUCACAUGCAAAAAUUUUCAUCAGCAUUGGCGGAAACGUGUAUAACGGAGAACCUGUGCACUUCUCCUAUAUGCCGGAUUUGGUUCUUGAGCAUGCACGCAAUGUCACCAUAAAGCUGCACAAUCGCAUUGGGAAAUUCAUCAAGUUACAACUGUAUUUUGCAUCCCGCUGGAUUCUCCUCAGUGAGAUAUCAUUUGAUUCCGUGGUGGUAAGCGGAAAUUACACGACCGGUGAGGAAGACACGAUACCAGAGUCAGAGUACAACAUCCCCGAUCACAAUUACGUGGGUGAGCACACCCAGUACAAGGACGACGAUCAAGAUCAGGGCCGCGAGUAUCCGCUGCAGAGGGACGAGGUGAAAACAAUAUCUGCAAAGACAAACUUUAAUCGACAUCCAGGCGGAAGCGCGAGCGGAAGCAAUGCGGAUGCGGCCGGAAGCGGCAACGAAACGAAGCCGUACAUUGGUUUCGUGAUCGGUGUACUCACCGUUGUCAUUCUACUGCUUGUCGGCGCCAUCGUCUUCAUCGUUUUCCGCAAUCAGCGCAUCAAGUUGAAUGCGACGCGUUCGGCGACGAUUCAACGAGAUGACAUCAAGCGUUACGAUGCCGAUCACAAGAUGGACGAAUGUGAUAAGGCGGUGUUGUAUCAAGAAAGUCUGCGGCCGAUUUACACUGCUUCGCAGCCGCAAGCGCAACAGUAUCCUCAGCAACAGCAGCAGAUUCGGGAGCAUCGGCUUUCCCAGCAUCAUCCGCACAGUCCAGAUUACACAGAAGUUCCCGAUGUGAUCUGCCAGGAUUACGCAACUCCGCACAUGGGCCGCGAUUUUACCUCAACGUCGAUACACGCAACGCCGUCAAUACACAGUUUCUUGCCUAAGGCGCCGCCGAUUCCACCCCCGCCGAGCGGCUACUACGCCACCGACGACAUUCGCGAUAAUCUCAAUAUGGAAUCACCGCCGCUCACGCCAUCGGACUCACUGCGUUCGAAAUUGAGUCGACAUUUUUUGCUACCGCUGAGUCCAGAUCACCAGCAGCCCAUGCUACUGCCCAAGCUGGAAGAUGUCGUUGUUGAGAUGGUCCCUUACGACCAAUUACAGAUAAUCGAAAAACUAGGCGAAAGUCGCUUCGGUGACUACCACCUGUGCAAGAUGCAGAAAGCCUACGAAGAUCCCAAGCUGGUUGUCGUGCAUUCCCUGCGCGUGGAAGCGCUCGCCAAGGAAUUCGACACGGAGGUGCGUUCGUUAGCUCGCCUCAAGGAUCCAAAUAUUGCACAGCUACUGGGCGGUCGUUUGGAUUCUCAGCCAAUAUGUGCUGUGCGCGAAUAUUACGAGAUGGGCGAUUUGUGUCAGUUCUUGCAAGAGCACGUGGCGGAAACGACCACCCCACUGACUUCUGGUGCUAAUACUUUAAGUUACGGAUGUUUGGUGUACAUGGCGACGCAGAUUGCUUCCGGGAUGAAGUGUUUGGAGAAUUAUCGAUAUGUUCACAGGGAUCUAGCAACCAGGAAUUGUUUGGUGAAUCCACGAUAUCAGAUAAAGAUCAGCGACCUGGGCGCCUAUCGAGAAGCAUACGCACACGAUUAUUGUCAAAUCGCAAGCGGCGUCGUUGGGGGUGUCCCGAUUGACGGCGGCCGGCGUCCGAUGCCUCUCCGCUGGAUGGCCUGGGAGAGUGUGCUGCUGGGCAAAUACACGAUGAAAAGCGAUGUGUGGUCGUUCGCAGUCACGCUCUGGGAGAUAUUGACGUUCGCCAGGGAACAGCCGUUUGAAGAUUUGAGCGACGAGAAGGUUAUCGAAAAUGUCACUCAUUUCUAUCAAGAUAAUGGCAAACAUAUGCUAUUAAGCGUGCCAAUCAACUGCCCGAAGGAGAUAUUCGACCUGAUGUGCGAGUGCUGGCAGCGCAAUGAGUCAGAUCGGCCAAACUUUCGAGAGAUUCAUCUUUUCCUCCAACGGAAGAACCUCGGCUACACGCCCGAUCUGCAUUAAUUUCAUCGAAUUUGACACCGGACGUGGUUUAUAAAUAUCCUGUCCAAAGGUGGCAGGCGCACUCAACGCCCACACUGCUUCAAUGUGUUCCUUAAAUAUCAAUCUAAAUAUAUCACUAUCAUCAGUAUCAACCGAAACGAACGAAUUGUAAUAUACUGUAGUGACAAUUGCAAUUAGGAUAUAACAACAAUAGCACUUAAAUGCACUUUGUAUGAUGUAUAUUCUAAAUGGCUCGUUUCUAUCGCAAAAAUUGUAUUUGUUAUAAUGAAAUGAGGAAAAAAUCACAUCACUUCAGUAACAUGGAUGGUGAGAAGAUAAAAAUCACAAAUAUCCCUUGACAAUAAUAAAUGUAAUGAGCACACGUACAUGUCAUUAUCACAGAAUAGUUAGAGAUGGAUUUAAAUGAGUUUAUAAGAAAAUAUUUAACAAUAAGAAUCAUAUAUAAGUUAUAACGAAAUGAAAAUGAAAACAAUUGGGAUAUGUCAGAUAACUAAUAUAAACUAAGAUAAUUGAUAACACGUGUGAAUAUAAAAGAUAUACUUACGAUAAAUUUAUAAAAGAAUUAUGAUUAUAUAAGUUUUUAUAUGCCAGUGCUAAAAUUGUAAUUUUACGAUUUAUAAUCUCAAAAUUUUGCAAUUCAACAUUUAUUACUUGCUAAGAUAAUGUUCAACAAUUGAUUUGAAACUAGCUUUCUAAAUUUUUUAUCUUUUUAUAUUGAUUUACCAAAAUUAUUUGUUUGUCUGAAAUGACUUUCGAUUUAAGUACUCCUUAUUGCUUUUGAAUUUAUUCCAGUGCCUUUUUUAUACCUAUGUAUACCUAAGUUGCUAAUGUGAUUACAAAUCAUUGUACAAUUUAAUUUCACUAACAAUAUUACUGAACAUGUGAAGUAAAUGGAAUAAAAAGAAUUGUAGUCAUAUCAAUUAAACAGAAACUUAACUACAUAUGUGAAAUAAUCAUAAUCAAGUAAAUUGUUGCUAAACUAAGAAUACUAAACUGAAAACUUAAAACCUAUAUAGCUCUAUAAAUUUCUCUUGAUAUAAGUCUGUAAAUAUGUAAUUAUCACACACCAUUGUAACUAUUCUACAUAACCAUCUCCUACAACUCAAAAAAUCUGUCAUCAUGAUAUUUCUAUUAUUGUGUAGAUAAAUGCACGUUAGAAGCAUUUAAUUGUAAGUUUGGGAAAGUGACGAACCCGCAAAUAUAAAAGCUGUAACUAUGUACAUUUAAGCAUAAUCAAUAAUCAACUAGAUUAGUUAGGUUUUAAAUGUUUUUGUACAUUUUUUUAAAAUUUGUGAAUAUUUAUAUCAGUAUGUAAGAUAACUAUAGAGAUGGUAAUAAUGCUGAUCGAAUGCUAUAACAAAUGAACGAAAAACUAUGUAAUUACAAGUAUCAAAUGUAAUAUCGUUUGUUAACAUCUGGUACAACGGACCAAACUGGGAAAAUUCCACAAAUGAAGAAUUAUGAAUCAUUAUAAAUAAUAAAAAAAAA